AUGCAGCUGAUGACGUUCAACUCGCUGCUCAUGUUCGACGUCGUCUUCAUGUUCUUCCUCUUCCUCGUCGGCGUCACUUGCCUCGUCUACUACCUGCCCCCCCCCACCGUCACGGACAAAAACGUUGCUGGCGGCAGCACCACGAAAAGUCCGGAGUUCAUCCGCAACGCCAGCUUACCGCCAAAGUCGAUUGAUCUCACCGUGCCGAAGACACCGCACCGUCGGACCGUUACGGUGCUCCUGCUGAACGGCACCAAAGUGAAUGUGAAGUGCAACCCGGGCACGACCAGCGCCGGGCAAAUUUUCGAGGCGAUAGUGCGCCUAGAGCAGCUACAGGAGAACUACUUCGUCGGCCUCUUUGCCCUGCUCGGCGGGGAUUUUGUGCACCUCCCGGACGAGUUCAAGAUCUACAAAGUGGCGCCAAAGAUUUGGUUUAACACGUCCAAAAGGGCGAUUCCGGAGCCGGACAACGUAGUGUUUAUGCUGUACAUACGCGUCCGAUACUACCUGCCGACGCUGCGCGGUAUAAACUCGGAAACGUCGCAGCACCUGCUGUACCUGCAGCUCCGGAAGAGCGUCCUCGAACGGCAGGUCAUGUGCACCAACGACGAUCUGAUCACGCUGAACGGCUGGGCGCUGCAGGCCGAAGUGGGCAGCUUCAGCGAAAGCAUGAAGUGCUCCGAGUACUACACCAUCUCGCACUACCUCCCGGAGGAGGUGUACCGCCGAAAGAAGGAUCUGGCCCACUACCUGCGCAACUCGCACUACCGGCAGCGGACGAUGGCUCGCCCGGAGGCGGAAAACAAUUUCAUCCGCUACGUGCAGGAGCUGAAGGAGUAUGGGCAGCUCCUGCACAGUGCCACCUGGGGCAGGACCGCCGAACUGACGCUGACCGUGUACGUUGGCAUAUCGCUCGGCGGUAUCUCGAUCUUUGAGCGCACCAUCGAGCAGCACGAUUGCCGCACCGCCAAGGAGUGUUUCCUGCGCCGUCGGUACUGCUACUUCGAGUGGUUCGAGAUCAAGAGCAUCUGCUACUCGAAGAACCAGUUCAACUUGUCGGUCCGGCGGGGCGAUUCGCUGUCGGCGAAGGGUGACAAGAAUGUCGUCAAGUACAAGCUCACGAUGGACGAGCGGAAGAGCUACUUUGCGUUCCAUCUCGCCAUGGACCACCACAAGCUGUACAUGAGGCUGCGCAACUCGUUCAGCUCCAUUCGGGCGCUCACGAGCACGCUGAACGUGAAUAUCACCGACACACCGCCGCCGGCAGUCGAGGAACGGCCCACAGUGGCGGCGGGCCAAGAGGCCACCCGAUGCAGCAACAAAGCCGCCCAGGCGCCCAGGAGCGGGAGGCGAGUGCGCGACCUUAAGUCGAUGCUGAACGACACCAAUCUGGCCCGGUUGCGCGAGCGUUUUCUCUUGAAACGCUCCAAAUCAACGGCCGACGGUAGUGGUGGUGGCCCGCCAGUAGUCGCCAUCGUGCCCCCGAACACGUCCGCCCUGGAUACGACGAUCGAUAUCGCUAACCAGCAGAACCAGAACAGGGAGAACGAAAAUCCGUCCCUGGGCCGGCGCCGCCGCGAAAGAGACGAGUCGAUGGAGAAGGCCCCGUCCCGGUUUCUGGCCGCCACAUCUCGUCCGCUUGAGCCGGAAGCCGACAGUGUUAGUGCUCAGCCAUCGGCCGACACCGUAGAGCCGCAGCCAGAGUAUUCCCUCGCGCUGCAGAACAUUAUCCGGAACCGGGUGAAGAUGGGCACCCGGGCCUUCUCGAUGCAGUACCUAAACAAGUCGUUCGACAACCUGUCCCUCGACACGUCCGCCACUGUGGCAGGGGAGGGGAACGCAGCGGCAAUCUCUAAACUGGAGGUGCUGGGGGAAACCAACUCCCAGCAGGAGCGAUUGAACGUGGUGGGCCAACAACACGGCAGCAAUGACGACAACGAUGAGUACGACGAAGGACCACCGUCCCCGCUGGCCGAGUGUACCGUAGACGACGAUGCCGUGUCGGCCACGAGCAGCAUGGGCUCGGAGUACUUCCUGGAAAAGAGCGACGAACGUUCGACGGAAGGGCGCUCGCCGAGGGCCCGCGUCAUUCUGUCCAGCAUUCCGACCGACAGCAGCCGGUUCGAGCUGCCAGCGGCAGACGAGACCAUCUCCGAGACGCUGCUUGAAAAUUUUAACAACAUUAGCGGGUGCAGCAACACGGCGAUGAGUGACCGCAUCUUGAAAAAGGUAGUGGUGGUCAAGGAUCCGGUGAACGGUUCGGAGCAGCAGCCGUACGGUGAGGCCAGUGAGAGCAGUUCCGUCCGGUUCCCGUCGUACGGACGGAUCCCGGGCGGCGUUCCCAGCAGGCUCCAGGAAGAACGAAGGGACAUCCGUUACACCCUCGGCAUUAGCGUCAUACAGGGUGACAACAACAACGUGUACGUGAGAGACGUAGUCCCGAACGGGGCCGGCGCACGCAGCGGUAUCCGUUUAGGUGACCAGAUCAUCGCCGUGAACGACAAGUCGCUGUUGAACCUACCGUAUCUAGAAUCGCUCGACAUUCUGCAGCGCACGGGGCGCACGGUCGAGCUCGUGUUGUCUAAAAUUUACACCAAGCCGCCGGCAAUGGUCACGUCGUCCACCCUCAACACUCCGCACCAGCCGAAGGUGACGCUGGCUGCGGCUACCGCUGCCACAGCGAUCGCGGCCUCCGCUCGCUCGUUUCUCGACGAACUUGAACGCAUCUCAAGCACCUCCCGGAAGCGACCGCAGCAGCUACUGCAGCAAGUCCCGUGGGCCACCAAAAUGUCUUCACUGCGGUGGUCCUCAUCGAAAAGUGUGCCCAACUUGCCAAAGAUGCUGAAUGCCCACGAGAGUGAACAACCACUGACAUCCUAUGGCCGCCAGAUACCGGCGACGCUGCCAAUUGGGGCCAGUGCGACCGUGAAGAGCCUCGACGAUCGAGGAGGAAGAGCCCGAGGACGCGGAGGAUCGACAGGAACGACGUCGCGGAAAUACACCGGGCCCUCGCGCUACCCAGUGACGCCUGCCAGGAACACACUCAGGACCACUAUCAGCACGACGGACGAAGCAAUCCGGCCACAGCUUUCCCUCUCGAACGCAUCCGAAGACGAGCAGGUGUUCAUCUGA